GCACGUCUUGCAACAUUGCGUGGCACUUGGGUGCUAUACCACUGGAUUAGCCAACUAGGGUGGUCGUUCUACCUUUUAAGAAGGGGACUGGAGGGUGUGUUCUAUCUACUAGGAGCUUAGUUUCUGUGGUAGGAAGUAAGUUGAACCUGUUUAUAGAGUGUGUUGGACUCCAGAGAGGAGUCUGGAAGUUGGAGAGCUGGAGUAAGGUGCAUUCAUCUGCAGAAAAAAAACUUAGGGCAGUCUUUUUCAUUUUGAUCCUCUGAAAGUUCUUGACAUUGACUAUCCUGCAUUGUUUUUUGGAGCUUUGAGGAUUCUUUGGAGUUAGUGUGAACUGACUAGUUCAGAAACUGUUCAUGGAGGUAUUUCCGAUCUAGAGACAAGGCUAUCUCAAACUCUGAAGACAAUUCUGUGCGUCCCUCUCUUCUCCACAAGUUUUGUUCACACAAAAUGGAUAAAGAACCAGAUCCAAAGUGAGAGGCAGGAGGAGGGAGGAAAAUCAGAGCCACGGCUCUGUAUUGGCUGUCUGAACAAGGGGGUGGUGGUUUUUUAGGCUCUGUGUUUCUCCCCACCUCCACUGAGAUGCAGAGUGAGGCGCUCAAAUGCAAGCGAAGCAUGUCAGGAGGCAUCAGAGAACAGGAGUUGAGGUUAGGAUCAAACCUGUGACGACAACGAGAAAGCAUGCAGAGAUGAAAAGUGAAGAGCAGACAGACUGAAGGCAUUUGGACAUACUCGUGACUGAUUCCCAUCAGAAGUUUGGACAAGUGUUAUGGCUGUUUCGGCAGGACCGGCUGUGCAGGAGCCUCUGAAGACGCAGCAGAAGUGCAUUGCCAUCUUUGCACUCCUCUGCUGCUUCAGCGUGCUGCUGGUGUUGAUCUUCUCCUCGGUGAACAUCUGGGGGGACGAUGAGGAUGGAAUCACAGAGGAGAACUGCAGCCGAAACUGCCACAUCGUGCUCGUGGAGAACAUUCCGGAUGACCUCUCUCUCCACUCGGACGGCAGGCUGCACCUCCCUCUCUCUGUCGCCUUUCACUCCCUGCUGGAUCAAGCAAAGCACUCCAUUGAGGUGGUGUCUUCUGUGUGGGACCUGACAUCCUGGGACAUGGAGCCACCACCAAACACUGCCAAACAGGGUCAACUUUUGUUCCAGCGACUGCUCGACCUGAAGUCUCGCAGGGUCAAACUGAAGAUUGCCAGCAGUUUGACAAACUCCACAGAGCUGAGGGCUUUGGCAGCACACCAAGCAGAGGUUCAUUUUGUAAACAUGACCGCUUUCACCCGGGGUGGGCUGCAUUCAUCCUUCUGGAUCGUGGAUCGGCAGCACAUUUACAUCGGCAGCGCUGAUAUGGACUGGAGGUCGCUCUCCAAGAGGAAGGAGCUGGGCGUGGUGGUGUAUAACUGCAGCUGCCUGGCCCUGGAUCUCCACAGGGUCUUCUCCUUUUACUGGCAGCUCCAUGACCGAGACUACAUCCCCUCCAUCUGGUCGAAGAGAGUAACGGCGCUCUACGGAAGACACGAGGCCCUGGACCUGAAGCUGAACGCCACUCCAGCCUCGGCCUACGUCUCUACUUCCCCUGAACUCUUCUGUUCCAAAGAUCGAACCAGAGAUAUUGAUGCCAUCUAUCAGGUGAUCCAGAGUGCAAAGACGUUCGUCUUCAUAUCUGUGACCGACUACCUUCCCCUGGUCAACAGAAGUUUCAGAGGAGCUCCAAUAACCAGGUACUGGUCGGCGAUCGAUGAGGUGAUCAGAGAAGCUGUGGUGCUUAGGGGAGUCCGGGUCCGCCUGCUCAUAAGCUUCUGGAAGAAGACUCACCCUCUCACGUUCAACUUCGUGACCUCGCUCAAGUCUCUGUGUAUGCAGCUUCUCAACUGCUCUCUGGAGGUGAGGUUUUUCAGUCACAAGGAGCAUAAGGACGACUUUCAACUCAGACUCAAUCACAACAAGUAUGUAGUGACCGACAACGCCGUCUACCUCGGAAAUCACGACUGGGUUGGGAGUGACUUUGCAAUCAAUGCAGGCGUUGGGCUGGUGGUCAAGAUGUCAGAAAGUCCUAAAGGAGUUACAGUCCUGGAGCACAUCAAAGCUGCAUUUGAACGGGACUGGAGGUCAAAAUAUGCCAAAAACCUUCAAGGGGGCAGCAGUCAGCAGGAAAAACACAGACACCUACAGACAGCGAAGGGUUUCUGGGAAGGACAGGAUAAGAAGAAGUGGAACGAACCCUUUUAAACAUGUGUGUGUGUGUGUCAAAGCCUCAUAUGCCUGAGUAGAUCUUACAAACAUGUACGCACAAAUGGAAUGUAAACUCGCACCUGUAGAUGUGAUUUGUGCCUUAAUUUGAAUCAGUUUGUCAAAGGCUUGACAGCUUCAGGUUUCAGUGAUUGCACCUUAAGCACCUUUAUGGUAAGAGCAUGUCUGCUGCAUGGACACCAACAGUAAUCUUCCGUUAUAACCAAUAUACAACUGGUAUUAUGAAUGCUGUCUGUUGAUUGAGUCAAAUCUGUAUUUUCCCCAUUAUGAUCACCAGUCGUGUCUGUUUUUAAAGUUAGCACCUGAGUUUGUGUUCCACACAUCUUUCAGAUUUAAAGUCUGUACUUUUUGAUUUGUACUUGAUAAGAUUUGUUUUUCAUCCAUCAACGACAAGCUGUUCCCCAACUAAUGUGUUGAUUGGAGUAUUUGCUGUAAAGUUACCGACAUGAACACUUACAAGCCUGGACAAGAACUUAGCUUACCUCGGACAUGUAAAGUGGGAGUUGUCAUAGCUAUUUAUGGUUUGAUCCAGAAUUAAUGCUGACUGAGAAAUGCCGGUUUAGCCAGAAUGGAUUUGUAAGAAGGAGGGAGUCCUUUUCUUCCCCACUUCAGACAGAGAUGAAGAAGUCAGAAGUUACACCAGAAGAUUGAAAUAAAGGGCUUUGUCACCAAAA